UGCAGCAGUGAGUCCACAGUGGCCCUGAUGAACAUCCGGGUUUCCCACUGGCACCGCUGCUGUGGCUCUCAGGAGCCAUUUUGGACGCUGUUCAGCUUUUCGCUUGUCAGUCCCUCCUGCCCCCUCCAACUGCCCCGGCAGAGGGGGAGAAACACACAAGCUUGUACACACAAGGGGGCUUCGCUUCUACUCCAAGCGUCCACCAAACUCACGCUCCCACCACGAGCUCCUCCAUGCUGCCCGGUCAGAAUGAAUUGCUGGAUGUUUGUGGCAUCAGGGACUUUAUUUCCGAUCAUCUCGCUUCUGAGGGAUACAUUGUGUUGUUGUGAAUGAGAGCUCGUGUUGUUAUUGUAGCGUUGAAGAAUCGCGCGCAGGCCCGCGGCUCCUUCGCGUUCAUGUGUUUUAUUUCAUACUUAAAUGCUUUCACGGCAUAAAGGACAACAUUUAGCGCCAGGAUCCUCAAAGGAAGGAAUAUGUUUGUUCCCUGGCUGUCUUUUGCGCUCAUCUUGUGCACAGGAGCCAGUCAUGCGGAGGUGGCGACCAGAGAGUGUGUCUACUACAAUGAUAACUGGCGGACAGAGAAAACCAAUCAGAGUGGUUUUGAGAGGUGUGAGGGGGAGAAAGACAAGAGGCUGCACUGUUACGCCUCCUGGUUGAACACCACCGGAACCAUCCGCCUGGUCAAAAAAGGCUGCUGGCUCGACGACUUCAACUGUUAUGACAGACAGGAGUGUGUGGCCACAGAGGAGAGUCCCCAGGUGUUCUUCUGCUGCUGUGAGGGAAACUAUUGCAAUGAGAAGUUCACACACCUGCCAGAAGCCAUCACCCCAGAAGUAAAAAUCCAGCCUCCAGAACCGGGCCCGUCUCUCAUGGGCGUGCUGGUUUAUUCCCUUCUUCCUCUGGCCAUUCUCUCUCUGGCUCUGGUGCUCGCCUGCUGGACGUACCACCAACGAAAACCACCUUACAGACACGUCGACAUCGGCCAGGAUGCUGGUCUUCCUCCACCGUCUCCUCUUGUUGGACUGAAGCCCCUGCAGUUGCUGGAGUUGAAGGCCAGGGGGCGCUUUGGCUGUGUGUGGAAGGCCCAGUUACUGAGCGAAUAUGUGGCGGUGAAAAUAUUUCCAAUCCAGGACAAGCAGUCAUGGCAGAACGAAAGAGACAUUUACCUCACUGAGGGUUUUAAACAUGAGAAUAUUCUACACUACAUCUCAGCAGAAAAACGAGGCACCAACCUUCAGAUGGAGUUGUGGCUGGUCACAGAAUUCCAUGAAAGGGGCUCGCUAACAGAUUACCUGAAGGGGAACCCUGUGAGCUGGCCUCAGUUGUGCCAUAUUUCUGCAACUAUGUCCCGUGGCCUGGCGUACCUUCAUGAAGACCUUCCUUACCGUGCAGAGGGACCGAAACCAGCCAUUGCACACAGAGAUUUCAAGAGUAAGAAUGUCCUUCUAAAGAUGGAUUUAACUGCAGUGAUUGCGGAUUUUGGGUUGGCGGUCCGCUUUGAGCCUGGGAAACCACCUGGAGAUACACACGGCCAGGUGGGAACUCGACGUUACAUGGCUCCAGAGGUGCUGGAGGGAGCCAUUAAUUUCCAAAGGGACGCCUUCCUAAGGAUCGACAUGUACGCUCUAGGACUGGUGCUCUGGGAGCUGGUGUCUCGCUGCACCGCCUCUGAUGGUCCUGUAGAUGAGUACCAGCUGCCCUUUGAGGAGGAGGUGGGCCAGCACCCUUCACUGGAGGACCUUCAAGACGCAGUGGUCCACAAGAAGAUGCGGCCCGUCUUUAAAGACUGUUGGAUUAAACAUUCGGGUUUGGGCCAGUUAUGCGAGACCAUCGAGGAGUGCUGGGACCACGACGCUGAGGCGCGACUGUCGGCGGGCUGCGUGGAGGAACGCAUCUCCACCAUCUCCAAGGCAAACAACACCAUCAACACGUCUACCUCAGAGUGCCUGGUCUCCAUGGUGACAUCUGACAGCGAUACGGACCUUCCACCCAAAGAGUCCAGCACCUGAACGCCGACCUUCAAACAUCAGGGACUGCGUUCAUCGCUGCAGAGCGGACACCUCUCCAGUAAUGUGAACUUUGCUGCUAAUUUGAUCUCUUGAUCGUCAUGUAUUUAAUUCUUUCUUUCUUCUCGCAUCGUUGGAUCGGUUUCACCAGCACAUUCAUCUACUGUAUUCUUCCGAGAGGAAGGCAGACACAAAAAAACCUCAAACGUGAGAAGACUGAACUCUCAGAGGGCAUUCAGGGGAUUGUUUCAGACUGCUGGGAUAUGAGCACACGUUACCUCAUCAGUUUUAAUGCCAUUUAUAUGUUGUUUUUUUGCCUUCACUCCAUGAAUACCUCCAUCCGAACUCUCUACCCUGGUUUUAUUGAGACUACGCGCCGAUCUGAAGACUGUUACACAAAAGCAACCUUCCCAAGAGCACACAAGGUCCUCUUUGUUCUCAGUGAAUUUUAGCAUAGUUUUAUUGCUGUUUAACUGUACCCUUUCUUCCCUGAAAUGUCUCGUGGGAUGUUGUUUUUCUUAUUUCCGUUCGUGACGGCAGUCGUCCGGGACACUGGAAGCUGAAGGCAGCAGGACUGUUAUGAUUUGAGUUGCCUUUCGAAGUGUCGGGAUUGAUUUUAAUGUAGCAUCCGCUUGUCGUUGACACAUUAUAUUGAAGUAUCUGAUAUCAGAAGUGCCAUCAGUAGAGCAUCCCGAGCGGCGUGUUUUAGCGUUUGUUGUUUCCGCGUGACAAGAGCUGCAGUUGCGGCUGCACAAAGACCAGUGCUGCGUUACAGGUUUGAUUUUAAUCACAGCGAAAUGUAUGGGUGCAUCAGGAAAGUGUGUGAUGUUUAUCCACUACACUACUCUCAGGUAAACUCUGUGCACGUGAUUGUGUGACCGCUCACUUUUACAGCAAUAGUUCUCAGCAGUAUGGUGAAUCUCACCAAGAAAAACAUGGGUCAUAAAUCAUCUGAAAAUCAAAAUAAAAAAAGUCCAAUUAUACACUAAUGAACAUUUGUGCUCAAAGAGAGUAAAGCUUAUUUUUAGAGUCAAGAGUUUUUGUAUUGUGGCAUUAUUUUCAUAACUUUUGAGCACAUUUUCAUUGGCGUAAUGUAAAACAAUUCAAAUGAUAGAAUUAUUAAAGAAAUUAGUGUUAUUUGGUACAACAAAAAAUGCCUUAAAAUAUAUUUAAUUUGUAGAGCACAAUUGUAAAAUAUAUUUAAAGAUAUUUUUUUCCUUGCAUUACAGUAUUUUUUUUUAAUUAUUAUUAUGGGCGAAAUUGUCACGUCACAAUAUAAAAAACUCAUAAUGGUCCUAAAAUAGGCUUCAUUCUCUUUAUGGAACAUUUAAUUUAGCAGAAAAUAAAGCUAUUUUUGGGCUGUUUCAGCAUUAAUUUUAUAACAAUUAAGCAACAAUUUUCUCCCCCAAAUUAUCAUUACCGUAAUGCGAAAAAAAUACUGUCCCGCAGUGUAAAAAUUAUUUCAAAUGAUUUUUGUUUUAUUGAUGUUAAGCACAACAAAAAUUACCUUAAAUAUAUUUACAGUUGUGUUUUUCAAUGUAAUUUUUUUUCGCAUCAUAGUAAUGUGGUUUUUUUUUUUUUUUUUUUUUUUUUUUUUUGCAUUACUGUAAUGAGAACAAGAUGUGCUGAACUAUUAUGAAAAUAAUGUCCCAAUGUAAAAAACAUAAUGGUCCUAAAAUAGGCUUAGUUCUCUUUAUGGAACAUUAAAUAUUGCAACUCUUUUUUUGGGCCAUUCUAGCAUUAAUUUUAUAACAAUUAAGCUGCAAUUUUCUCCCCCAGAUUAUUAUUACCAUAAUGCAAAAAAUUAAACCACAGUUGUUUUUGUUUUUUUGCAUUACUGUAUUGAGAAAAAAAAAAAAAGUGCUAAAAUGUCCUUAAAUAAUGUAACAAUAUUAAAAAAUCAGAAUGGUCCUAAAAUAGGCUUCAUUUUCUUUAUGGAACAUUAAAUAUGGCAGAAAACAAAGCUGUUCUAGCAUUAAUUUUAUAACAAUUAAGCAACAAUUUUUUCCUCAAAUUGUCAUUACCAUAAUGUGAAAAAUUAAACCACAGGUUUUUUUUUUUUUUUUUGCAUUACUGUAAUGAGGAAAAAAUGUGCUAAAAAUGCAACAUUUAGUUUCCUAUUUUUUUUCUUUUGAUUUUUGGGCUGAAACAUGACCCAGACAUUUCUUGAUUCGUGAUCUUCACAGAGCUCGCCUGUUUCACGCAAUAACUUGACCAGUGAAGAAGACUGAAUGUCCGUAGUGCUGUAAUCUGCUCUGUCAAACUGUUCAGUCCUCUCAUGGACUCCCAGUGUUGUUCAGAAACAGGCAGCUUUUAUCAAACUCAUUCAGCGUAACACUAAAUCCAUCACUGAAUAUCGACCUUCAUACGCUCAGUGAUUAGAUAUACCUCAGAUAUUGUGAGUUUAUAUAUAUAUAUAUAUAUAUAUAUAUAUAUAUAUAUAUAAAAAGUAUUUUAUUCAGUUUUGUGGUAGCAAUAUAAUUUAAUAUACAGCUGCUUUUCUGUGAUUUUUAAGGAGAUUGUUUUGUUUUUAAUCAGUUAUUUUUUAACAGAAGGUGCUCUGACUUUGAUUGCCAGGUGCUCGGUGCAUUUCACAAAGUUUUUUUGCUUUGAGUCAAGCAUCCGCAGGUUAAAUGGCUUCUGUGGUUCAGAAUAAGUAUUCUCUGAGGACACGCAAACCUUUCACAAUUGUGUUUUUCUUUUGUUUUUCAUUUGUUUGUUUGUGUGGUACAUGUAUUUUCUUCCUUCCUCUCCACCUUAAUCGUAUUAAGUUGGAUUUGUCUAUUAUCAAAUCAGGGAUUUGAAAUAUAAUUAAAGUAUUGCAGUGCAAGUUGUGCAAAUUUAGUUUAAGCCAAACUUUGUAUCCUAUCAGGUGUUGAUGAUGUGUGAUGUAUAUAACGUUAUUAGAUCUGCUAACUGAUGUAGUUGAAGCACCUUUUACUCUUGUUAUAUUUCUCUGCAUUUCACACAAAACCUGAAGUGUUCAUACAUUAGGACUACCUGAGUAUAGAUUUCCCACGAUCCUUUGCUGGCCUGAUGUGGGCUGGUUCUCAUUAAGGAGAUGGAGGUCUGUUGAUGUGUUUUUUUUUGUUUGUUUUGUUUUGUUUGUUUGUUUUGUUUUUUUACUGCUGCUAAUGUAGUAAAUGUGUUGUGUUGCCCCUGUUUGGGUCAUUUCAGAUUCUGCUGCCAUGUUCAGUAUUUUGUUGAAUUAAACAUUUGUUUCUCACUUAAA